GAAAAUCCCAGAAAAAUCGGCCCGAUUCCGUUCGAAUCCGUGCACCCUACUCCACGAAAACUCCUCCAUAUAUACUCCCGCAUCGGCCCCUCUCCGUUUUUCUAAAAAUCACAAACCCUAGACCACCAGAGAGCCCGUUCCGAUCUCGCCGGAGUUCCGCCGUCGCGAGCUUGAAGACGAGAACCACAAGAACACGCAGGCGAAGCCACCGGAGUUUCGCCGGACUUCGCUGACUCCAGCCGGGAAUAGAAGCUGCUCAGGACGACUACGAUAGAUUCCAUCGAUGCACGCGGCACCACCAAGGAGAGGAGAACCCCGUCAAGGUCUUCGCCAAGCCGGAAAGCACCAGUACACCGUCGCCUUCCACACCCGACCACCACGUUCAUCUCCGUCUUCGUCCAUCUGAAUACGAAGGUUGAAGAAAGGUGCGCUAGGAUCGCGGGUCUACACUCAAUGAGCCUGUGGCGUUGAUGGACUCAAUUUAUCUUAAGUUUUCCGUUGCUUUUAUUUGAGCUAGCCUUGAGCUAUGCAAAGUUGUAAUAAAUUAAACUCUGGAUUUAUUCGAUUCGUGUAAUAAUGACAUUGUGUUUUACAUGGUAUUUCAUCGGCUGUGAGUGCUAGCUUAUGAUCCAGGGACUAGCAUGUUAAUCACAGGGACUUAGGAUCCUACCCGAUCCAAGGUCAUUACAGAUGGUAUCAGAGCACAUGUUGACUGUAGGACGUGACCCUAGGAUUGGAUAAAGACACUUCAUAGAAAUAGGACUUUCUAUUUUGUUAAGUUAUUCAUGCACUUAAUGCCUAGUAAUUCUUUCCUUUCUUAUUUUGUUUUAUGCCUCUAAUCUCUACUCUCCAACUUGAAGAUGACGAGCUUCAACUACACCACCGCUGAGGACUUCAAGGAUAUUCGCUUUGGAGCUUGCCUUCUUGACAUCGUUGAAGAGCUGAAGCUACCUGUACCUUUGAUCAAGGGAAGUCUUUUGAAGAGAUUCAACAAGGAAGGUUGUUGGGGAGUCAAGGCGGUUCAACAUGGACGUGACACUGAGCCGAAGACCGAUGACAUUGAGAUCAACCUCGUUAGCGACUCCAUGGAGAAGGGCCUUAGCAUUGUCAUGCAGGAACUUAUAGGGCGCUUAUGCGGACGUCAUUCGACGGAACUGAAGGGCCACUACUCCUUUACCUUUGGAAGGCGCGACGAGAAAGGCGUUCCCAUCGAGUUAAGCGAAGCGGGUAGAAAGGUUGUCAAGCGUCAACGACUUCAUUUCCAGGACUUAGAGAAUCACAUCAAUACUCUCGAGGAGGAAAGUUGUUUUGAGCUACUAAGGAAUGAUGAACUAUGCGGUCAACUCAAGGAGAAAGACAAGAAGAUACAAGAGCUAGAAGAGGUGAUCAAGGCCCAAGAAGAGGAAUUCCAAGCGCAGGACAAGAAGUUCCAGAACCAAGAGAAGAGAGUCCAAAAGAAGAAUGAGAUGCUUAGAAAACAAAAGCAAGAGAUUGAUAGUAACGAAGUAGAGUUCGAGGCCGAUCACAAUUUGAUUGAGAAGUUGCGUGCUGAGAAGAGGGACUUGCAGGAGAAGAAUGAAGAGUUGGCUAAGGAGCUCAAGGAGUACAAGGCAGGAUUCUUAGAGGCGGGACUUACAUUUGAGAUAGUGGAAGAGGAAGUAGACGUAGACGAGGAAGCUAAAUAGUUGACCACCAUUAUCUAUCUUACCGUUUUAUCUUCGCUUAGUUGUUUGACCAUACCAAUCCCUUGUGGUAUGGAAAUAAUAGUUCGAU